ACUGUUGGAAGUGUUGCUAGAGAGGCGCUCCAUCACUUAUGCUGUUGGCGUGUAGUUCAGAGGCGUUGCGCAUUACGUGAAUGGCGGAAGGAAUAGACCCGAACUGGGAAUCUCAGUUGAGGCCCCAAUACAAUAAGGUAGCCGAGCAGCUCUGCCCUCGCAGGCAUCGCCUUGUUGCUAGACUCUACAGCCAACGCCUUAUUACUGAUGACGAAGAGCAGGAAUUCAGCAAGUCGACUAAAUUAGAGAGGGAUUUGGCCAUACAGAUUCUACAGGUUCUUCGCCAUCAAACAGUCGGGUCAUUUGACAAAUUUUGCGAAGUACUCCUAGAAGUUGGAGAGAAAUCCCUACGUGACGUGGAAAAGCUUCUUCGUCCUUAUCGCAGUGACAAUCUGGUUGAUAUGACAGCACAUGACACAAUACUGAAUGUUGAUGAUGAUAUUUCACAGUAUGCCAAAAUAGUAACAAGAAACAGUGACAAAUUAGGAGGAUUCUUGCUUGGAUGGUCGGCCAUUCCAGUCGAUGUGAUAAGGGAUGUCAGUCAUCUUGUUAAAGAUAUUGGUAUCUCACAUCUUGCCAAAUCUCUUCUGAGCGAUGAAUCAGUUGGGAAGGAAUUAAAGAGCAUUUUACAGUCGAGAGAGCCAGUCUUUACUAUCAUUAAGUUAUGGAUCGACAAGCAAAAGGACAAAGCUACGUUGGAUAAACUAUUUCGUUCUCUGGACACUCAUGAUUUAUUCCGUUUACUGCAAGGAAGACUGGAUGAGCGCAUGCAAACUCAAAAGCCUCAGAAAGUCGGUAUAGCUCGCUUUUAUCCUUCUGUGCUAUUUCGUGUUGUGAAUGAUCACGGGGCAUCUCGCUAUCUGGCAUUAGGCCUGGAAAUUGGUCUAACGUUUGAUCAAGUGACUGUUGCAGCAGAAGGUUACUCAUACUCUGACAAACUUUUAGCUCUCUACAUGAAGAAAUGCAAAGAAGUUGGAGAAUAUAGAGCGGCUGCUCGCCUGGUGACAGCAGCUGAUAAAAUGUCUAUUAUGGGGUUUGUGGAGGAUGAUUUGCCAGGAGUGAAGGCAGCGUUGGAAGAAUCUUGCUUCUACAGUGCUGACAAGUGAAAGCCUCCAGACCAUGGAUUGUGCCUGUAGUUCUGUCCAGGGCUACUAAAAGCAGAUCGUGCAGCUGCUAACUCGGAUCCUUCACCAGUAUUGAUGUUGUACUUUUGUUCUUCACUUGUAUUGUUGUGUUGUGAUACUGUUGUACUUCACUUGUUGUACUUCACUUGUAUUGAUAUUUUCUUUUCGUGCAAAAGUACUUGUCGAGUCGCAAA